CCGGGAGCUGCGCCGCCCCGCCGGCCGCCGGCACCCAGGCGCCCCCCACCUGCCCAGCGCGGCCCGCCGCCCCCGGGGAGCCGGCCGGCCUGGGGAUCGCUCCCGGGGGGGAGGGCAGUUUCGGGGGUCCCGGGCGGGGGAAGUCGGGCGCCAGAGGGGAGGGGGCGGCGGGUUUUCAUGUGGCCAGCAUGAGCUCCUACUUCGUCAACCCCCUGUUCUCCAAGUACAAAGGCGGCGAGUCCCUGGAGCCGGCCUAUUACGACUGCCGCUUCCCGCAGAGCGUGGGCCGGAGCCAUGCGCUGGUGUACGGGCCCGGCGGCUCGGCGCCCGGCUUCCAGCACGCCUCGCACCACGUCCAAGACUUCUUCCACCACGGCACCUCGGGCAUCUCCAACUCGGGCUACCAGCAGAACCCGUGCUCGCUGAGCUGCCACGGAGACGCCUCCAAAUUCUAUGGCUACGAGGCGCUCCCCAGACAGUCCCUUUAUGGGGCUCAGCAAGAGGCGAGCGUGGUGCAAUAUCCCGACUGUAAAUCCUCCGCCAACACUAACAGUAGCGAAGGACAAGGCCACUUAAAUCAAAACUCGUCUCCCAGCCUCAUGUUUCCAUGGAUGAGACCCCACGCUCCGGGGCGGCGCAGCGGAAGGCAAACUUACAGCCGGUAUCAGACCUUGGAACUAGAAAAGGAGUUUCUCUUUAAUCCUUAUUUGACACGAAAGCGCCGGAUUGAAGUCUCUCACGCCCUGGGACUGACUGAGAGACAAGUGAAGAUCUGGUUCCAGAACCGAAGGAUGAAGUGGAAAAAGGAGAACAACAAGGAUAAACUGCCUGGAGCCCGAGAUGAGGAGAAGGUGGAGGAAGAAGGAAAUGAGGAAGAGGAGAAAGAAGAGGAGGAAAAGGAAGAAAACAAGGACUGAGCAAAAAAGAGAGACACCCCCCCACACACCCCUUUAGCAACUCCCUUGAAGUUUCGUUUUAUGGUAGAGGAUAAAUUGAGAAGUUUACGACUGUCAUUUGCUUUUAUAGAGAAUAGAAUGACACUCACAACUCUAACUACCUGUCAGAUACUUGCAGCUCUGGUUUUAUUACCUUUGGACUUCCCCCGAUCUUUAUUUGUUUGGGGGCUGGAGGGGGGAGACCGAGACACAGCGAAAAGUUCCGAGUCUCUGUCUCAGUCGUUGCCCCAGCGCACACACUUGUCCCUUCCCCCACCUUUCCCAGUCCUGCCUGGAUUUUCAGGUCUGAGACCUGGCCUCCCUGCCCCUUCUCCUGGCCCCUUCUUGCCACACUGCCACCUCCCUGCUUCUAUGGUAUUUAUUUUAGAGGGGAGCCCCCUCAAAAUGCAGAAGAAGACUCGUGGCUUUGUUUUCAUACUAGGAUUAGCGUAUUAGAUUGACUUUUUUUUCCCCAAGGACAGAAAAAGUGAAGGAAGGAAGAAAAAGAAAGGGAAGAUGUUCAAAGACAUUUUUUAAAAUGAUAGCAACGACUAUCCCCCUCCCUCCCUGGGGCUCCCUACUUAGAAACCCCCCCUUGACUUUCUCUAGGAACCUGAUGGAAACCUGAAGGAGGUGGGGGUCUCCCCCUCCCCCCUCCCUUUCCACAGGGUAGAUAGGAGCCUGCAGUUGCUGCUAAGAUCCUACCUAGCCAUCCCAUGGUCACUCGGGCCCAUGCCUUCCUCCCCUUCGCUGUCUAAUUUCUGUUGUUGGGCCCAGCUUCCUCUGAGCUACAUUGGUGUGAGCGCUCAGAAAUCACCAUAAUCAUGAAAAUAAUAAUAAUACUGAUAAUAAUAAUAAUGAUGAUGAUGGUAAAUCUUUAACAUACUACCUAAAGGGAACCUGCAAUAAUCUUGGAAAAAUAAGAAAGAGAGAAAUUUUUUAAAAUCCUAAUACGGGAGAAAAAAAGAGAAAAAAAUUUAAAAUUAAAAAAAAAAAAGAAACCUCCAACGUAUUUUAUCACUACCUAUAGGAAGAAAUCCUGCUUUGAGAGUAUUUGUAAUGCGGUUUUGUUGUCAUUUGUUGCUGCUUAUUUCACUAAGAAAAACCCAACAACUGAGACUGCCUAGCCCGCCGGUCCUGUGCGCUUUUAUUGUGCUUCUAACCCCAGUAGAGUAGAACUAAAUUGCACUGAAUGUAUAGUUAACUCUGUCUUGAAUUCUCUGUUUAUGCAAUGUGCUCGAAAGAAAAAAAAACGUUAAAAAUAUAUCUAUAAUAAUAAUUUUUGGUCAUUUGUCUUUAUGUCCAGCUAUGAAUGUAGAUUUUGUGUCCCGGCAGCCCUGUUUCUGGUCCAAGUACUUUGUAUUGUAUACGUGAGUCAUAAUAAAAAAAAAAAAAAGGAGAAAAACAGUUGAAGCUGGAAUGACUGACUUGUUUUUUCCCCAGCACACACCCCGCUCAUUCUCUACCCCCUCUCCUCCUUAUCCUUCUUUUUCAACAGUCUGUUAAAGGUUUCCUCCGCUGACCUGACUUGGGGCUGGGGAGCACUCACUUGGAGAGGAGCGGAGGAGUUGAGAGGGCAGGCUGGACUGGGAGGGCAGGUGAAAGGGGGGAGGUGAAGAGGAGGAGGAGGAAGAGCAGGAUGCUCUUGGGAGAACCUUGACUCCAAACAAAGUGAGUUUCUGGAUGCCAGGAUCCCAAUGGGAAGAAAGCAUCUUCUCCCCACUUAUCUGUCUUCCUCCUGGCCCUGGGCUGGGCCCAGAUCAAAAAUUUGCCCCCUGUUCCCCUCUAGCAACUAGGCCUGUUUCUUCCAGGGGCUGGGGCUGAGGUUGAGGAUGAGGCAAUGGGGUUCUUUCUGACCUCCACAUGCCCCUCAUAGCCAACCCUUGGUACUCAGCACCCAGCACUAGACUGUGAACAGGGUAGGAAGGAUGUGAGGCUCAAGGCAGUCUGGAGGACUUGGCUGGAAGAAGCCUGAGUGUGGGGGGUGAGGAAGCUUAAGCGUGGGGGAGAGGAGAGAAGGGAAAAGUGAGUGGACUGAUACGCCAAGCAGCCUGGAUCCACAGUCUGAAAUGUAAAUUCGGCCAGUACAGAGCCAUCACUGUCACCCAGCCCGCUUGCACUUCCUCCAGCCUCUGUUCUGGCUGUUUCAAGCCCAUUCCCGGCUUCACCUUGGCAAUUGGGCAGCCCGCCCUGCCCUUAUAACGCACGUCAGUUAGCCUGGGUGGGGGGUGGGCCUGCUGAGUGGACAGUCCCCCACCCCAGCCACAGCAGGGUAAAGACAGUCUUCAUUGGACUCCUCAUUCCCCCCAAAAAACGGUGGAAGGCUAAGGGACUCAAGGGGCAAGAGGUCUCUCACUCCUCCCUGGAGGGUCCUAGACAGAGAAAUCUGUUAUGCCAGUGA